GGGGCGGGGCAGCUCAUGGCGGCGCCGGGCUGGCGGCACCCUCGGGCCCGGCUGGCCGCGGCUCUGCGCAGCCUCCGAGCGGCGCGGCAGCACCGGGCGCGGCAGCCGUCCCGCGCGGAGCCGGUCCAGGCGGCCCUCUACGUGCACUGGCCGUACUGCCAGAAACGCUGCAGCUACUGCAACUUCAACACGUACAUCCCCCGGGGCCUAGACGAGGAGUCCGUGAGGAGCUGUCUCUCUCGGGAAGCCCAGACCCUGAUCCGGCUCAGCCAAGUCCAGAGGAUCAGCUCGGUGUUCUUCGGCGGGGGCACCCCAAGCCUGGCCAGCCCGCUCACCAUCGCUGCUGUCCUGGAGACCGUCUCCCGCUGCGCCCACUUGGCGGCGGACGCCGAGGUCACUCUGGAAGCCAAUCCCACCUCAGCAAGUGCCUCGCGGCUGGCGGGAUUCCGGGCGUCGGGAGUCAAUCGCCUCUCCAUCGGCAUCCAGUCCCUGGAUGAUGCAGAGCUGAGGCUCCUUGGGAGGUACCACACGGCUGAUGAGGCUCUGGGGACCUUGGAAGAGGCAAAGAAGCUGUUUCCCGGCCGCACAUCCGUUGACCUCAUCUUUGGCCUCCCCGGCCAGAGUGUUUCCUCAUGGGCCAGGGGGUUAGAAGAGCUGCUUCAGCUGUGUGAUGACCACGUGUCUCUGUACCAGCUGACGCUGGAGAGGGGCACCUCCCUCUUCAAGCAGGUCCAGCGGGGCUCUCUGCCCGUGCCCAAGCAGGAGGUGGUGGCAGAGAUGUAUGAAUCUGCCCGGGAGAUGCUGCGGGACGUGGGAUUCCGGCAGUAUGAGGUCUCCAAUUUUGCCAGGAAUGGGGCGCUCAGUACCCACAACCUGUCCUAUUGGCAAGGCAGCCAGUACAUAGGGGUCGGGCCAGGAGCUCAUGGGAGGUUUGUGCCGCGAGCACAUGGCGAGAGCCUUCGGGAAGCCAGAAUACAGACCCUGGAGCCGGACAGCUGGAUGAAGGAGGUGCUUGCCUGCGGACACGGGACCCGGAAACAGACUGUGCUGAGCCAGCUGGAGGUGUUGGAGGAGGUUUUGGUCCUGGGGCUCCGCAUGGACAUAGGAAUCACACACCAGCACUGGCUGCAGUUUGCCACCAGCCUGAGCCUGUGGGACGUGUUUGGAACCUCAGAGGAAGUGAAAGAGCUGGAGGAUCAGGGCUUGCUGCUUUUGGACAAUAGGGGGCUCAGGUGCUCUUGGAAAGGUUUGGCAGUGCUGGACUCUCUGCUGCUGACCCUCCUCAACCAGCUCCAGAAGUCCUGGGAAGACAGAACAGCCCAUCGGACCUGAAGCUAGACAGUUCUCAACCAGGAAGCAGCAGCCUUUCCCAGCAAACUCCAGCAGUCCUGGAUGGACAGGGGACCCGGAGACAGACAGAUCUUGCAUCCAAUCUGGAAAGCAUUGCAGCAGGGGAGGCCGAUCCUAAGGAACAACUUGGCUCUUGGCUGAAGUCACUUUGGAGCCCUCAGUUUGCAAAAUCCAGGACUAGGGCCAAAUCCAGGCUUGGAGUAAAUCAAUGCAAUUUGCAUUUGCUUAUAGCAGAGAGGAAGCUGGUUUGUUUGUUUUUUAUGUGCACCAUAUUUGGUCAGUGGCUACUGCAGAAAAUAGGGUAAAAGCAUUUUAAUUUUAGAUUGAAUGGAAAGAUACAUAAUAGUGUGGGUUUCAGUGACUUCAGUUCCCUUACUUCAGUGAGGAAAGUCAGUCUCUUCUAACACGGCUGCUACUCUGAAACCAGUCUCUUCUCUGCAGUCAGCAUGUGAUACAAUCUCCCUCCAGCAGAUGGAGAUAAGGAGUGAAGCGAAAAUACUGCAAUGUCAAACCCCGAGGAAGGGCGAGCAGGUCAUUUCCUCCCCGACGCUUGCAGCGUGCUCUGGACUGAACUCCCCACGGCCAGUGUGGGCGACCGGGACCGGCUAGAGCUACCUCUCACUCUGGCCGAGUUUUCGGAAGCCCUCCAUCUCAUGCCCACUAAUAAAGCAUGUGGGUGCAGCUUGCUCCCUGUCCCCCUGGUUUAGCUCUGUAGCACUUUUGACCUUUUACGCUGGUAAGAUGGACAGGUGAGCUAAGGGCUCCCUUGCAAAGGCUGCUGGUUAUUCUCUUUGCCUUUCCUUGGACUCUGCAGAGUAGCUUGCUGGUCUCAGCAGCUGCCCCUCAGUGCAAAAGCAGGGCACCCCAGGGUUUAACUCUAUCUUUCCCUGCCUGUCGUGGAUAACGGAACCACAAGCAGAGGCGAUGUCACAGAGACACACAUCCCCCCACCAGAAAGCUGGGAAGGUGCAGAAUAUGCAGCCCAGAAUAAUACAUUAUUGAGCCCCAUUUUCUCCCAGGUGCAGUGGCGCCUGGGGUAUCAAUUCACUUCUGGAGGGAAUUCAGUGCCGCCGGGACAGUGCUGGGGAAUGAAGUGCUCUUUGCCCACCGAACGGUUACAGCAUAGGCAGGCCAAGGCUCUCCUACCCCACCCCACUAAUACGCCAUAGCCCUGACUUCGUGCUAAGAGGAGAGUUUGUCUUCAGUGGCCCUCUCAGCCCUUGGCCUCACUGCUGAAUGGAACAAAGGUGUAAUUGUCUUUAGACGGCAAUUCAUAUGACAGUAGCACCUAAAGGCCCGCAUCAGGGUCAAGGCUCUGUUGUGCCAGAUGCUGUACAUACACAUAAUAAGAGACAGUGCCUGCCCUGAAGAGCUUACAGUCUAAACAGACCAGACAGACAAAAAGUGGGAGGGGAACCAGAGGUCACACAGCAGGUCAGUGGCAGAGCCAGGAAUAGAAUCUGAGUCUGCUGAGUCUUAGUCUAGUGCUCUAGUCCAGGCUGCAGGACAGUGUCCAGCCCAGACAUCACUUCCCUUUUAAACCAAAGCAAAUGCACAUAUUACUGUACAGAAACUUGUGCUUCAUUGUGGUCCUUGCAUUCCCCGUGCGGAGGAGACACAGAGGUGAGUGCCACAUAUCUUGGAUCAGAUUUAGGCCCAUUAUAUUAUGCCUAGCUUUGGUGAAGAGCUGUGCAGCUGUUGAGACAUUCCUUCUGGUCUCUGGUGAAUGCAAAGUGAGGAGCUCAGGUAAGCUUGCUGAUCUACUUGGGUGUUCUGAUUGCUACAGUCACAAGUAAGAAGUUUUGUUUUUAAUAAACCAGCCUGUAAUAGUU